UCUCUCUGUCUCUCUCUCGCUUUCUCUCUCUCUCUCUACACACACAAUGGGGAUGAUGUCCAUCGCUUCUUCGGCCCCGGAGGCCGCCUCGCCGGCGCACUGCCGCGCGCACAAGGCCUUCCUCCUCAGCAACUACAUCCUCCUGGGGGCCGCCUCCAGCUGCAUCUUCCUCACCCUCUCCCUACGCCUCUUCCCCUCCCUCAACGGCUUCCUCCUCAUCCUCCUCCACGGGCUCACCAUCGCCGCCGCGGUAGCCGGCUGCACCGCAGCAUCCUCCUCCGGCAGCUCCGGCCGCUGGUACGGAGCGCACAUGGUGGCCACCGUGCUGGCCGCCAUCCUCCAGGGGGCCGUGGCCGUGCUGGUGUUCACGAGGACGGCGGACUUCCUGGCGGAGGGACUCAGGUCCUACGUCAGGGAGGAGGACGGGGUGGUGAUACUGAGGAUGGUUGGGGCGCUGUGCGUCGUCAUCUUCUGCAUGGAGUGGAUGGUGAUGGCUUUGGCCUUCGUGUUGAGGUACUACGCCUAUGUGGACGGGAAUGCCAUGGGGAGAAGCGCCAAUGUGCAGCAGGGGGAGCGUGCAAGUAACUGGCAGCCAUUCCAGGUCUGAAACAGAGAUGGUUUGAGACCAUAUGCUUGCAAAUUAUAUUUGGCUGUGUUUGAGAGCAGAUGCAACAAAUCACUGUAACUUUGAUUCAUUAUAUGUUAAUAACAUUGCGAUUUAUUGAUUUGAAA